AAUUCAGACAGGCCUGUUUUAGUAGGCCCAACAAGCUCCGUCCCCCUCUGUAGUACGCUGUACCAGAUUAGUAGCUUCAGAGAAUUUAGCAGUCGGUUUUGGUUUAACAGCAAAGUUCUUUCAGUCUUUAGUUUCUGAAUCUUCAACAAUGGUGCUCGAGGCAACGAUGAUCUGUAUCGACAAUUCGGAAUGGAUGCGUAACGGGGAUUACGCUCCUUCUCGAUUUCAAGCUCAAGCAGACGCUGUUAAUCUUAUUUGUGGUGCAAAGACUCAGUCUAAUCCAGAAAAUACAGUGGGAGUUCUCACAAUGGCAGGGAAAGGCGUUCGAGUUUUGGUCACCCCUACCAGUGAUCUGGGCAAGAUCUUAGCCUGCAUGCAUGGACUAGAAACUGGUGGUGAGAUGAACCUAGCUGCUGGCAUUCAGGUGGCACAGCUGGCUCUUAAGCAUCGGCAAAAUAAAAAGCAACAGCAGAGAAUUAUUGUCUUUGCUGGAAGUCCUAUAAAGCAUGAAAAGAAGAUGUUGGAGAUGAUAGGGAGAAAGUUGAAAAAGAACAGUGUUGCCCUUGAUAUUGUUAAUUUUGGUGAAGAAGACGAGGGGAAGUCAGAAAAGCUGGAAGCACUCAUUGCAGCUGUUAACAAUAAUGAUACCAGCCACAUCGUACACGUUCCAUCUGGUCCAAAUGCCCUUUCUGAUGUACUUAUAAGUACACCUAUUUUUACCGGUGAUGGGGAAGGUGGAAGUGGUUUUGCUGCAGCUGCUGCUGCAGCUGGUGGUGUGUCUGGAUUUGAAUUUGGUGUGGAUCCAAACUUGGAUCCAGAAUUGGCUCUUGCUCUAAGAGUUUCAAUGGAAGAAGAGAGAGCCAGGCAGGAAGCAGCUGCAAAGAAGGCAGCAGAAGAUGCUGCCAAUCAAGAGAAGGGAGGUGACCAGCAAGCCAGCUCACAGGAUGCAACGAUGACUGAGCAUGCCAGUGCAGCAAUGUCUGAAGUUGAGAACAUGACAAGUGAUUUGAUGGUCGGUUAUGAGAAUCUUAGGGACGAUGAAAAUGCCCUUCUACAGCAGGCACUAGCAAUGUCAAUGGACGAUCCUGCCAUUAGCCAUGAUGUAAAGGAUACAGAUAUGUCAGAAGCAUCUGCAAGUGAUCCCGAGUUGGCUCUAGCUCUCCAGUUGUCAAUAGCAGAUAGUGCAAAGGAUCAAACAAGUCAGUCGGACAUGAGCAAAUUGUUGGCUGAUCAAUCCUUUGUAUCUUCUAUCCUUGCAUCUCUUCCUGGGGUUGACCCAAAUGAUCCUUCUGUCAAGGAUUUACUGGCGUCCAUGCAAAAUCAGUCCGAGCCUCAACAGAAGAACGAUGACAAGCCAUCAGAGGAGGAAGAAAAGAAGUAAUCUCUUACAGCCUCUUUGCUAUGUAUGGUUUUAUUUUGUUGGUAGCAUUUUCGCGGCUGUUAGUAAUCGGAAACUAUUUUUAGCAUGUUCCAGUUUUUGUGUCUAUCCGCAGCUAAUUGGAACUCAAUGCAUGUAUUGUUGAAUAGUGUAUGGUUAAAAAUGGUCUUCAUUCUCAUGUCUUAUUCUUUGGUUGGUGCAUAUCAUGUGAGAAGUGCUUCAAAGAACUAUUUUUAUACUGAAGGAAGUUCCUACGUUUAAAUGUAUUUUUCAAUCUUAUCUCGA